AUGAAAAGAUACUCAUCGGCGCCCUGUUUGGCAGAUGGGAACGGUGACACGAAAAAGUUGAAGACCGUCGAGGAGCCGAACGCCAGGGAGUAUCUGCAAUUGGCUCUGGCCAGGGUGCUGGAGCUGCAACGCGAGAUCAAAGAUGGAACGUACACAACGGAGCACACUAGCGACCUCGGUGAAUCCAGCAGCGAGGAGGAUCUCACGAAAGAGGUUCUCCGCAAGGUGUUCGAGAAUUUACCAGGAACGCCGGAUUCGAUGGGAAGGAUUAUUGACAGGGCGUCGAAACCGAGAAAUUCUCAGCUGGAAGCGAUCCACGGUAAAAAGAUUCAAUUACUGGGUUACGAUACCUGUCGACGGGCCGCGGUCGAGUUCAUGAAGAGCGCAGCUCGCGAAACUAGGCGAGACGCUGCGUCUAGGACGAUCCAGUUGAAUUACCACGGCUUCCGUUUGGGCAAAUAUUCGCGAAACGAGCCAAGGGUCGCUCACUGUAGAACCGGUUUGCUGAAAAGCACGAAUAGAAAAGACACCGUUGGGACCUCGUACGACCAGGAGAUACGCGACAGAAUGCUGAGAAGCUUGGACCUCCACUUGGCGAAUAAACAAAAGGAUUACACCGCGAAACUGAUGAGGUCGGGAAUAUAA